AUGAAUAUCAGGGACGAUAUAAAUCAAGAAAACCCAGGUGAUUAUCAAAGAGGGUGGUUGAAUCUAAGCCUAGGACAAAAUCUAGGUGAGAGUUCCCAAUCAAGACCCACGAAGGUAUAUACAUGCAACUUCUGCAAGAGGAAGUUCUACAACUCGCAAGCAUUAGGUGGUCAUCAAAAUGCCCACAAGAGGGAGAGAGAAGCAGCUCGAAGAUACCAUUCACCAAAGACAACCGACUUUGCCCUAAAUUUCACAGGUAACCGAUCACUUGGCGUUCAUGCCCACUCUCUUGUUCACACACCAACCAAAAAUGGAGAAACAACUGUAGCAAGGUUUACCGAUGAUGGUGCCAGAUAUGGAGUAAGGAUGCAGCCUUAUGAUGGGGAGGAAGCAGUGGAACUUAAAUGGCCUGGAGGUUUUUAUUUGGAUGCGCAAACAGCUUCUCAGCAGCCAUAUCAACGUAUACUUGAUUUGAAUCUAAAGCUGUAA